AUGCGUAUCUCCGUGCUCAGCUACAACAUCUUGCACAGUGCCGCCGCGAAAAGGCAGCCAUGGCAUUGGUGCGUGGUACAGGGCAUUCCAUGGAUCAUGGGGGUCUUAUGCAAGUGCGCAGAGUGCCUGAAGUUGACGCUUUUCGUCGCCUCUGCUUCGCCUAUGCUUCGCCUCUGCUCCUUUCCUCUUGGCAAAGAGCUUGUGUGGCCUGUGGGCCAGGCUUCGGAGCAAGUUGCCCUCGCAGAGCUUGUGGGCUUGCAGCGAGUUGCUGAGCUGGUGCUUCGACUGUCGCCGGACAUCGCGUGCUUGCAGGAGCUUUUGAAACCUGAGAAGAGUACGAAUGCACCCAUUUGCCCAGAGAUGCUAUCGCUGUGUGUCUUGGCAGCAUUGGCGAGUGGCCAAAAUGGCCAAUAUCGGAAGUGCCACAUCCGCAAGCAGGCUGUGAUUCUGCAGAACGAAGAGUUGCCAGCAAAGGACGGUUGUGCCAUCUUUACUCGUACAGACUUGCCGGUGACAAGAACCUACUCGUUCCGCAUUCGCGAUGUAGCCGAGAGGCUGGACGACAGUGUGUCGCUGCCUGCUACUGUCAGCUAUUUCACCAGCUCUGGCAGGCAUUACCCCACCUCGCUUGACAUUCGUGGAAGUGCUGGUCUUGGAGCUGCCAGCUCGUCAGAUCUCGUCAGAUCUCGUCACAUCUCGUCAGCUUGUCCUCGGAUGCAAACUUCUCUCUCAACUCCGUGGGGCGAGGCUUUGUGGCGUGAGCUGCAUGAGAAGCUUAGCGUCUCAACCAGCCACUUGUACUGGGAUCCACGGUAUCCAGAUCUUAAGCUGCUGCAGGCUUUUCUCCUAGCACGUGAGCUAGAAGCAGUGGCAGCUCCAAAUCUGAUCCUGGCAGGGGAUUUGAACAGCACCCCGCUGGUGGAUGGGCGCAGCUCGGGUGAUGGAGACUUGUCCGGCGUGUACCAGCUCUUCACAACAGGUAGCGUGUCUGCUUCACAUCCACACCAUCCAGUACGAAUGAGACCUGGUAGUGGAAUCCUUCGUGGUGUCAGCACCAAGGAAGUGCCAGACCUUCAAGUCUUACCCUUUUACAGUGCCUACAAGGAAGCUGAUGGUCGCGAGCAAGCUGUCACGAACCUGACCCGAGAGUUUCACGGCUGCCUCGACUACAUCCUCUAUCGAGGUCGAAGCCUCGAAGCUGUGCUUGGGCACGGCUGCUGCUUUCACAAGGAUGCACAAGGCGAAAAUCGACUCAAAACAUGGACCGAGUCUGAGGUGGUCUGCAACUUCGGGGUGUUCAUCCUGCGCCAGAGCAGUUGCCGGAGCAGCUGCCUUCGGAGGCCCGAGUAA